CAACCUGUCACGUGACUACCGCGGAAGUCACAACAUUUUUCGCUAGUGCGGAAGAGACGCGCCUUCUUGAGUUUUUUUUUGUUUUGAAAUGGAAAUUAAAUAGUAAAAGAAAAACGAAGCGGUUGCGUGUUUACCAUUCUGUUAUAGGCGAAUCUGAUUUCUCGGUUUAAUUUAUUCUUAAAGCAGCGCACAAUGGCAGGAGGCAAUUUACAGAAAGCUAUAGAUCUUGCCAACAAAGCAUCAGAAGAGGACAAGGCCAAAAACUAUGAAGAGGCCCUCCGUUGCUACCAGGGUGCAAUACAGUACUUCCUACAUGUUAUAAAAUAUGAAGCACAGGGGGAUAGAGCCAAACAGAGCAUUCGAGACAAAUGUGCAGAAUACCUGGACAGAGCGGAGCAGCUGAAGCAGUACAUAAAGCAGAAGGAGUCCACGCCUCCUGCCAAACCAGUCAAAGAGUCGGACAACAAGGGAAGUGAAAGUGAUGAUGAGGACACUGAGAAAAAGAAGUUUAAAAAUCAACUCUCCGGGGCCAUUGUCAUGGAAAAGCCCAACAUUAAAUGGAAUGAUGUGGCUGGACUAGAGGGAGCCAAAGAAGCUCUAAAGGAGGCUGUCAUCUUACCAAUCAAAUUCCCCCAUCUAUUCACAGGAAAGCGUACUCCGUGGAGGGGCAUCCUUUUGUUUGGCCCGCCAGGGACAGGAAAGUCAUAUCUGGCUAAAGCAGUGGCCACAGAAGCCAAUAACUCUACCUUCUUCUCCAUCUCCUCGUCCGACCUGGUCUCCAAGUGGCUGGGAGAGAGUGAGAAGUUGGUGAAGAACCUGUUCUCUUUGGCACGAGAACACAAACCAUCUAUAAUCUUUAUCGAUGAGAUUGACUCUUUGUGCGGCUCCAGGAGUGAGAACGAAAGUGAAGCCGCUCGAAGGAUCAAGACUGAGUUUCUGGUCCAGAUGCAGGGUGUUGGAAACGAUAAUGAGGGAAUCUUGGUUUUGGGAGCUACAAAUAUCCCUUGGACUCUGGACUCUGCCAUCAGAAGAAGGUUUGAAAAACGCAUCUACAUCCCUCUUCCGGAGGAACACGCUCGCUCGUUCAUGUUCAAGUUGCACCUGGGCUCCACCGCCAACAGUUUAACCGAGGCGGACUUUGUGACUCUGGGCAAAAAGACUGAGGGAUAUUCAGGAGCAGACAUCAGCAUCAUUGUGAGAGAUGCACUCAUGCAGCCAGUGAGGAAGGUCCAGACAGCUACCCACUUCAAAAAGGUACGGGGCUCGACCUGGAAUAACCCUGAUGUUGUGGUAGAUGACCUCCUGACCCCCUGUUCACCUGGAGACCCCAAUGCCAUUGCUUUGACAUGGGUCGAUGUGCCUGGAGACAAACUGUUGGAGCCUGUGGUCUCUAUGUCUGACAUGCUACGGUCUUUGGCCAACACAAAACCGACUGUAAACGAACAGGACCUGGAGAAACUGCAGAAGUUCACUGAGGACUUCGGUCAAGAGGGAUAAAUAGGUUUCACUGAUACAGCUGAUGGUUUAAGAAAUGUUGUGAACGUACUUUAAACUUACUAAAUGUUAUGUUUACAUGUUUAAUUUUUUAUGUUUUGAUUGAUUUUACCCUAAAUUAAUAAUUUGGGUGAAAGCACUUUUAACACUUCAUCAACACUCAUAACCUCUUUUUAAAUGAAAUCUUAUCUUUAUGCUGAAGGUGUCAUGAAUGACUAUAUUUGCGUGUGUUAUACAUUUUUCAAUAUUUGUAAUUGUAAAUUUUGUAAUUAUCUUUUGGGGGUAUCUGUUACUGCCAACAUAGAAAUACAGAAUGCUAAAAUUUCAGUUAAUGUUUGCACUAUUGCAUUAUCAUUAUUAUUAUUGAGAACUCAAAUUCACUUUGUACUUGUUAAGAUGUGUGUAUUAUAAAUUUUGGUCUGGGGGUUCAGUAAACAAGCAUUGUUAAAUUAAAGCUGAAGUUUAUUUAAUUAAUAAAUCAAUUUUAGUUAGAAAGUA